UUGGACAUAAAAUAUGUUAUAUGAUUUUAUUAAAUAUAUAUUAAAAUAGUAUAACUGCGAUUAGCAAAGAUUUAAUUUAUUUUUACCAGAGGCACGUGUCGAAAUCUUAUUUUUUACGGUCUUUGGUCAAACCCGAACCGAUGGCAUGUGACGUCAGAGAUUUACCUGAACGCACCUUUAGUUGUUAAGAGAUUGAGGAAAUAUGCUGCAGAUAUCCCAUCCCGGCGUGUGUGUGGUGCUUUUGUAUGUUAAAUAAGAAGUGGUGCUGGUGGAUGUUUUGAAAUGUUCUUACGUAAGCAGAAGUCGAAUUUAUUUCUCUAAAAUAAUCCGUGUGCGUUUGCAAAACCCCGAUGCCGGAGGACGCGUGCAUUUCAUUUCAGAAAAUAAAUAUCACCGACGAUCCACCAGCUCAGGUCUGUUAAACAGGCCUCCUUCCCCAUUUCUCUGGCUCCUCCUAUAGCCACUGAUGAGUACAAUCCAGUGUCACUCAGACAUAAGCCAAAGAAGAAGAGCCGUAGAGGAAGCCCCAGAAUGAGCAGAAGGAGAGUUUCGGUGAAAGAUCUUGACCCUGUGGACCAUGAGGGAUGGUUAUAUAGGAAAACACAGGGGAAGGGGUUUCUGGGUAUCAAGUGGAAGAAGUUUUGGUUUGUGCUGAAGAAAACCUCUCUUUACUGGUACACAAAUCAGAUGGCUGAAAAGGCAGAGGGCUUCAUAAACUUGACAGAUUUUGUAAUUGACAGGGCAAUGGAAUGUAAGAAAAAAUUUGCGAUCAAAGCUUGCCACCCUAAAGUCAUGAUGUUUUACUUUGCUGCAGACAACAAUGAAGACAUGAACCUAUGGUUAAAUAAACUUGGCCUGGCAUCUAUUCAGUAUGACCCCACAGACGGUCAUACGGCUGAAUGCUACAGUGAAGCCAGUGAUCAUGAAGAUGCUGAAUCCCCUAACAUUCCCCCACCACCAUACUGUGUGAACGGUCCAAUAGACACCGUACAUGAGGGAAGUCUUCCACCUCCGUAUUCUUCGCCCGUUCCCAGUGAAGCCACCGGUAGCCUCUCCUCGCCCGUCAGUACCAUGAACUCUCACAGCUCUGUAUCCUCUAUAGCCAAGCAUAGGCAGUCUUGGCUAGAUCUUGUAUCCCAGGCCGCCACUACAACUGGAGAGACUGUGGUCUGUUCUGCUGUGGUCCAUACAAUAAAAGAAGCUUCACAAUGCAGUGACACUACUGCACCAUCUCAAGACCCACUUGGCUGUUCAUCUAACACACCGGGUACCGAGAUCAAGAAGACAGAACUAGAAGAAUCAGAAAUGAAUCAGACUUCAGAUGACUCCAGACAUAAGAAUGACCAGGAUGCAAAUGAUGAUGAUGAUGAGCUGGAAAGAUUAUACUUGCAUUUAAAAAGAGCCAGCCUGUCUCCAACUGGUGAGCGGAAGCCAUCGUCAAAAUGGGAAUUACGAGCCUCGUUUAUAAAGCGUAGCAAAAACCAAAAACUCAAUGAGAAGAUACAUACCAUCAGAACCCUCAACAGCACACUAAAGGCUAAAGAAGCAGAUCUAUUGAUUUUAGAGCAAGUACUGUCCGACGACUCUUUAACUGCUGUUAAAUUCAGGGAGUGGAAAGAAAACAACGCUGUCCUGUUACAGGAGGUCAUUCUGAGCCAAUCCCUACAGACUGAACCCCUAAAGACCCCUGGUACCUCAGCUGUGCCCCCCUCCACAGAGACACAGCAAAAUUAAAGUGAAAUUUCAAAUAGGUUUAAUGUACAAAAUAAACUUGUUUGUGUGUUGAAACGAAGACUACUAUUACCUUUAGUUAUCAUUUAUUAAUUUUUGUUACUGAUCAGUAUGUUACUAUUAGGUUGCUGUAUAAGGUUAUUUGUUGAGUGCCAAUUUGGUCUCAGUUUUCUGUAUUUGAACCUUUUAGGACAUGAAAAACCAUAAAGUGAUCUUUAUUAUUCAUUUUUUUAGUCUACAUGCAGUGCAAAUGUGUUACCCUGGUAAUAACUUGAAGGGCUGAUUACAGUAUGUAAUCUGUAUAGUUUUUCAUUUUUGAUAGGCUUGUAAAUAGAUCUGUUUAAAUAUUUAUUAAAUAAAAGUAUGAUGUCAGUUUGGGAA